UGCCCAUUCAUCUGAUUUGGAACCUGACACCAUCAUCGGACUCCAAAAAAGAGACCCUGGAGCUCGCCAUGGCCUCCAUCCACCUUGAACCACCAUCCCCGCUAACGGAGCUUGUAGUUACCUAGGCUCGGGGAUCAAAAAAAUCACCCUCAAUGCGGGUGGAUUUGAAAUCAUCUCUUUUCUGCAGCUCGACAUUGAUAUCAACCAACCAAUUCUUGAAUUGAAGUCGGAUUGCUUACUCAACCCUCCAUUGACCGUCUUAAUAACACAAUUCUCGUUUCUCAAAUCACGCCCAUCCAAUCCGCUUCCGUCAAUCUCAAGUAACCCCGCCACAAACACUAACUACCUACCUACCACUUCUCAUUCUCGUCCCUUCGCAUCUGGUGUCCUGUCCUAGGUAUCUUGGUCCCUUUUAAAAGACGUCAUUCCCCUCCCAAUCUCUCUUCCACUCUCUCCAUACCAAUUACUAAAGGUCAAGCCUCGAGGCAACCUCAUGCAAGCUCUAGCCCACUCCCUACGCUCAUCAACCCUGUCUUCGUCCUUGAGAACGACCCCGCUGCGAAUAGCUUCAAUUACCCGCCAUCUCGCUACAUCUGCGCGCAAUAUGGCUCCCAUCACCAAGGAGACCGACUACCUCGUCAUUGGCGGCGGCAGUGGAGGUCUUGCCUCCGCGCGCAUGGCCAGCAGCAAGUUUGGCGUCAAGGCUACUAUUGUCGAAAACAAGCGACUAGGUGGAACUUGCGUGAACGUCGGCUGUGUACCAAAGAAGGUCACUUACAAUGCUGCCGCUCUCGCCGAAGCCAUCCACGACGCAAAGGCCUAUGGCUUCUCCGUUGAGCAAACCGCUCCCUUCGACUGGUCCACCUUCAAGACCAAGCGUGACGCCUACAUCAAGCGCCUGAACGGCAUCUACGAGCGAAACCUUAACAACGAUAAGGUAGACUACCUACACGGAUGGGCGCGCCUCGUCUCCAAGAACCAGGCUGAGGUCACACUCGACGACAACUCCAAGGUCCUCGUCAACGCCAAGAAGAUCCUAGUCGCUGUCGGCGGCAAGCCUACUAUUCCCCCUGAGAUCCCCGGCGCCGAAUACGGAACCAACAGUGAUGGCUUUUUCGAUAUCUCGACCCAGCCCAAGAAGGUUGCUAUUGUCGGUGCUGGUUACAUCGCCGUCGAGUUUGCUGGCAUGUUCAACGCCCUUGGCACGGAGACUCACCUCUUCAUCCGCCACGACACUUUCCUCCGAAACUUCGAUCCCAUGAUUCAGGAGACCGUCACCAAGGAGUAUGAGAGACUCGGUGUUAAGCUGCACAAGCGCUCGCAGGCCAGCAAGGUCGAAAAGGAUUCCAAUGGGAAGCUUACCAUCACUUAUAAGGAUGAUGAGGGCAACGAGAGUGUUGUCAGCGACGUCGACAACCUGAUCUGGGCUAUUGGCCGCACUCCUGAGACUAAGGGUAUCGGUCUGGAGGAGGCCGGAGUUAAGCUUGGUGAGAAGGGUCAUAUCCUCGUCGACGAGUACCAAAACACUGCAGUCGACAACAUCUACGCUCUUGGUGACGUUACCGGAGAAGUCGAGCUGACCCCAGUUGCUAUCGCAGCUGGUCGCCGGCUCGCACACCGUCUGUUCGGCGGUCCCGAGUUUGCUAACCUCAAACUCGACUACAGCAACGUCCCCUCAGUUGUCUUCUCCCACCCUGAAGUCGGCAGCAUCGGUCUCACCGAGCCCCAAGCCAUCGAGAAGUAUGGCAAGGACAACAUCAAGGUCUACAAGACAAGCUUCACAGCCAUGUACUAUGCCAUGAUGGAGCCUGAGCAGAAGGGACCUACAAACUACAAGCUGAUUGUUGCUGGACCUGAGGAGAAAGUGAUCGGCCUUCACAUUAUGGGACUGGGUAGUGGUGAGAUGCUGCAGGGCUUUGGUGUUGCAGUCAAGAUGGGUGCCACAAAGGCCGAUUUUGAUAGCUGUGUUGCUAUUCAUCCCACCAGCGCUGAGGAGCUUGUUACUUUGAAAUAGAGAAGAUAUAGAAGAAAAGAUAUUAGCGUUGAUAUAGGCUUACAUAAAUAAAUGGAGUUGUUGGUUUAUGG